AUGUCCAAUACCGCACCCAAAGCCGUUCUCUAUACUUCGGGAGUCUCUGUCUGGGGUGCCGUUCCUCAGCUGGCCUUCAUCGAGAAAGGCUAUGAAGAAUCUGAUUACGAGCUACGAUUUGUCAACCUGAUGGAAGGUGAGAAUUUCGCUCCAUCUUAUCUUCGUAUCAAUCAAAAUGGUACAGUGCCUUCACUCGUCGUUCCUUUGGCAGAAACGGCAGGACAAGAAGUUGAUACCAAAUUCAGAGCUUUGAAUGGUAGUAUUGAAAUCACAGAAUUUUUGGACGCUUCUCGUUCUCAAUCCAUCUUGGACAUCAAAGGAGAAGAUUCUGCAAGACCUGCUCCUGUCCUUUCGCCAGCAACGAUCGAAGGCAAAGCUGCCAGCGAUGCAUUGAUCAAAAUGGUUCAAGCACCUUUGGCAGAACCAAAUGGUCUCCUUUUGGCUGCCAGAUCAAUGCAAGAGCUAGAUCAACAACGUAAGGGUGUACAAGGAACGUUUUGCAAAAAUAGACAAGCGGCUCUAGAGCGUUUUAGAGCAGAAGCAAAAUCCAAUACAUCUGCCGAAAACCCUCGUACGGCCAGUGUGACGGAAAGAUUGGUACAAUGGUAUAAUGACAAGGAAGCUUCUUUAGCUCCUUUGCAUGCAGCUUAUCUCCAUGCCGAUCAAGAUGCAUCACAAAAGUUCGUUCAACAAUCUUUGCAGCUUUGGGUAGGCGCUGCACAUGUUUUGGCAGAAUUAGAACAAAAGAUCCUUUCACCCUUUGUCUUUGGUGAUCAAAUCUCUUUGGCUGAUUUGCACAUCACUGCUUGGUUAGCACGUAUCUUUUCGAUUGCUACCAAUUUGGAAGGCGAUCAAGAUGAAGUUUCAGCCCUUAAGAAAGUGUUGGCAAAGAUUGAAGGCAGCGAAGAGGCAUCUAGGGGACUGGGACCAAAAGUGAUUCAAUACUGGAACACAGUCAAAGCUCGUCCUUCGUUCCAACAAGUGUACAAAGAUGGUCUACACUGA